AUGUCUAAUAAAGAUGUCUUCUCAAAAACCAAAAUUAAUAAAGAUCAGGAAUUAAAAGUGCACUCAUCGUCGCUUUUUAACGUUACUUUCCCUUACGCCGCUCAACCUGAUAUAGUUCGAGCAAAUCAAAAAGAUGUUUAUUAUCAAAAGAUUCUAGAGGAUCAAAUGUCUGAUAUUUUUCGAUUGUUCUUUGGUACACGUAGACAACAUUUAAACAAAGAAGAAAUAAAUCUGUUGUCCAACUUCUUUUAUUUUUGUUUGACAACUCUGCUAGGCACUCAAACAUUGGGUGAAGAAUCUUGUGAUAUAAUGCAGGUUUUAGAAACAUCUAAACAAGCCCCAUCUACAAAGCAUCGUGCAAUAUUGUUAUUCUGGCAUGUGGUUUUUCCAUAUCUGUACACACGGGGCAUCACUAAACUGCGUUGGCAUUCGCGUUCGCCCACAGAUAAACUACGUGAACUUAUUCACACAUUGCUUGCAAUUAUCCCAUCAUUUCUAAAAAAUAAUAUCCAUGCAUUGCAUCUUGCUAUAUUUUAUUUUUACGAAAUGUACAGUCCUGUAUUUUAUAUUCUGAUUGUUGUAUAUCAGAUUUUUACCAGGCAAUUGAAUCCUGGGGAGAAACGUAUCGGAUACGAAGUUCUCGGAUUUUUGCUUAUUACUCAAAUCCUUGUCCAGGAAUAUCUUCGUGAAAGACGCGUAAAAGAUGCUUCAGCAAAAAAUAGUGGUUUAGACAAUAACGACGAUGGCGCUGAUAACGAAACAGAUUUUACUUUGAUAUCAACUUCGGACCUCACGCCUCAAGAAAUUGCAGCUCGCAAAUGCACUCUUUGUCUUUCACAGCGUAAAAAUACAACAGCAACUACUUGUGGCCAUUUGUUCUGUUGGUCUUGUAUCGUUGAAUGGUGCCAAAAUAAGCCUGAAUGCCCAUUAUGCAGGCAAUAUGUUAAUAUUUCACAUUUACUUCCUAUUUACAAUUAUUGA